AUGUAUUCGACCAAGCACUGCCCUUUAUCACAUCAAAUGCGGAGUGCUGUGGCCAAGGGGGGUAGGUAUUUCAUGGUAUACCCUGAUCCAGCAUCGGUAAAUGCGAAAGUAGAUACAUAUUUUGAUGAUCGCAUCCUUGCCUUUGGUAUGGUACAUUCAGAUAUUGGAGUACAUUGGACCGAAGCGGUAACGCACGGUAAGAAGGUUACUCUAAUGAUGCCUAGCUCCAAUUCGUCGGAUUAUCAUCUAAUCUCUCGACCAAAUAAUGCUACUGGCGGUGCUGUUAGCCUAUUCUCUACUUGGGGUCCAACUUGGGAUAUGGAGGUUAAGCCCCAAGUCGGAGGCCCUGGUGGUGAUAUUAUCUCUACGUACCCUAUGGCCUUGGGCGGUUAUUCAAUACUAUCUGGAACGUCAAUGUCCACGCCGAUGGUAGCGGGUAUCAUUGCGCUCAUCGCCGAGGCUCGUGGUACAUUGGAUCGAAAAAUAAUUAACAGCUUGCUAUCCUCUACUGCAAAACCUCAGCUAUUUCACGAUGGCCGAAGGUUCUACGACUACUAUGCCCCAGUAGCACAGCAAGGGGGUGGACUCGUUCAAGCCUACGAUGCAGCCUUUGCAACAGCGAUUCUGGAACCUUCUGCAAUAUCGUUUAAUGACACAGAUAACUUUUUAUCAUCAGUUAAGGUAUCAAUUCGUAAUAUUGGUCACAAGGCGAUCACAUAUACGAUUUCUUAUAUACCAGCAAUUACUGUAUACGCCCUAAAUGAGAGUGCUAGUAUUGCUCAGUUCCCAAACGAACUUACCAGGAUACGGGCUACAGCAAGUAUAGCUUUCAACCAAGACUCUAUUACCUUGAACCCCAGCGAUUCAUCUUCCUUCGAAGUACGAGCAAGCCCCCCUUUGGGUCUCGACACCAAGCGCCUACCCUACUGGUCUGGCUGGAUUAUUAUCAACAGUACGGAUGAUACUUCAAUAUCCAUAUCUUACCAAGGUAUUACCGGCUCACUUCGUAAUGCCACGGUUCUGAGGCCCGAGAAUGCUUGGAUCGCACGUGCCAAUGGUACGUCCCGUGCUGAAAUUCAAGCGAACGAAUUCUUUGUACUCCCGGCAUCAGGCGGCAAGAACAAUACGCCGGCGGUACUACCUUCAAUAGCUAUGAAGCCAACCCUUGGGACGCCCCUUGUAUCGGCUUAUAUUGUGCCUAUGGUGAGCCAGCCCAAGAACCUGACCGUGGAACACUGGGGAUUCAAGACAAUCGGUCAGCCUUUUGGCUUCCCCAAGAAGUAUUUGAGUCCUGGAUUGUAUAACAACUGGCAGUGGGGCGGUAGGCUCGACACUGGAGAGUAUGCGCCUGCAGGAAAGUAUAAGAUUGUCAUCUGCGCAUUACGGAUAUUUGGCAAUGCUACCAAGCAGACUGAUUGGGAUGUUAAAGAAACACUACCGUUCUCUAUUCACUAUCAGUAG